AUGGAUGCGGGCGAGGCUCAAAGAGAGCCCCAGGGCCGGGCCCAUCAACCACAGCGACUGCUGAUCACGGGCGGCGCCGGCUUUAUAGCCUCACACGUGGCCAAGCACUUUUUGACCACCUAUGAAACCUAUGAGCUCGUUGUCGUGGAUGCCCUCAUGUACUGUGCCAAUCGACGCAACCUACCCGAGCAUCCGCGGCUCACCUUUGUCCACGGUGACAUUACCGAUCUUGCAGCCGUGGAGCAUCUUCUCUGCACGCACCGCUGUGAUACCAUCUUGCACUUUGCAGCCCAAACCCACGUCGAUCGCUCCUUCGCCAACAGCUUCUCUUUCACCCACAACAACAUGCUCGGAACACAUGUCAUGCUCGAGGCUGCCAAGCUCUUUGUCCACGUCAGCACAGACGAAGUGUACGGCGAAACAGUGCCGGGCGAAGACCGCCACUUUUUGGAGAAAAUCUCCCCACUCAACCCGACCAACCCUUAUGCUGCCAGCAAGGCAGCCGCAGAGAUGAUGGUCAAGGCCUAUCAAAAGUCGUAUGACCUUCCAGUCAUUGUCACCCGUGGCAAUAAUGUGUAUGGGCCUCAUCAGCACCCAGAAAAGCUGGUGCCCAAGCUCAUCUACCAGGCCCUCCGUGACCAGUGCUUGACCUUGCACGGUGAUGGCUCGCAGCAACGCGGCUAUGUUUUUGUUCAAGAUGUUGCUCGGGCAUUUGACAUUCUCGUCCACCGAGGUACGGGUCUGCACUUGCUGCGCUUGCUGACAGGUUCGACUCGAAUCUGCAAUCGCCGCACGCAGGACCGUUGCUUUCAAGAUCGUCGGUACCUCGUCGCCAACGAAAACUUGCUUCAGCUCGGGUGGGCGCCCGGCACGUCAUGGCGUGAUGGCCUGAGGAGCACCAUUGCUUGGCAGCGCGAGCACCCAGACUACUGGCCAGAUCUGGAAGCGGCAUUAGAGCCGCACUACCCGACCCCGGCCGAGUGA